AUGUGUUGUAAGACUGCUGAGCAUAUGAGAUGGCAUGCUUCAAGCAGUAACGAGGAUGGGUUGAUGAGGCAUCCAAGGGAUGGUGAGGCAUGGAAGACAUUUUAUCGAACUCAUUUUGGAUUUGAUUUGGAUCCUCGAAAUGUUCGCUUAGGCCUUGCUACUGAUGGUUUCAGUCAUUUUGGAACAAUGAGCAAGCAAAUGCCUGGAAAUAAUAUAGAUGUGUACUUACAGCCCCUCGUGAAGGAAUUAUGUGAGUUAUGGAAUGAUGGUAUUGAAACGUUUGACUCAUCAUUGAAUGAAAAUUUUAGAAUGCAUGCAGCUCUUAUGUGGACAAUCAGUGACUUUCCUGGAUUAGGUAUCCUAUCUGGCUGGAACACACAUACUGGUUUUGCCUGCCCAACUUGUAACUUUGACACAGAACCUUGUCGUCUUCGUCAUAGUAAAAAGUGGUGUUUUAUGGGUCAUCGACGUUUUCUGAGAAGAAAUCAUAGGUUUAGGCUGAAUCGAGUACGCUUUAAUGGAAGUAAAGAGGAGCGGAAUCCGCCAUUAAAAUUAUCAGGGUUGGACAUUUUGAGACAAAUUGAAGAAAGGAGAGUAGCAGAGUUGAAUGUUAGCGGGAAAAGAUCUAGAAGAGCAACUAAACAAUGGAACAAGAGAAGUAUAUUCUUUGAACUUCCUUAUUGGAAAUCUAACUUGUUACGUCAUAAUUUAGACUUUAUGCAUAUCGAAAAGAAUAUAUGUGACAAUAUCAUAUAUACGCUGCUGCAUGAUAAAUCAAAAUCAAAAGAUAAUAUUAAUACCCGAAAGGAUCUAAGAGAAAUGGGCAUAAGGCGUGAUCUUUGGCCGGAUGAUAGUGAAAAAUAUCAUCUUGCUGUUUUUUCACUUGUGACUGAUAACAAAAAGAAGCUGGACACCAAAAAGUUGUUCCUUACAACUUUGAAGAAUAUUGAAGUACCAGAUGCCUACUCAAGUAAUAUUUUCAGAUGUGUUGAUUUGGUACAAAAAAAGAUUUUUGGAUUGAAAAGUCAUGAUUGCCAUAUUAUUUUAGAGCAAUUGCUACCAUUGGCGAUCCGCAAUGUGUUGCCAGACCAUGUAGUUGCAGUUUUGGUGGACUUUUGCUCAUUUUGUCGUGCCCUUUCUAGCAAAACCUUGAAUCUUUUGGAGCUUGAUAAGCUCCAAGAGCGCAUUGAAAGCAUACUUUGCCACAUAGAGAUACUAUUUCAUCCAUCAUUCUUUACAGUAAUGGUUCAUUUGUCUUUCCAUCUAGCAGAAGAAGCAAAACUGGGAGGUCCAGUGCAUCACCGAAACAUGUAUCCUAUUGAGAGGGAAUUAGGCCAUUUUAAGUCAUUUGUACGAAAUAAAGCACAACCAGAGGGUUCUAUAUCUGAGGGUUACUUAGCUGAAGAGUCUCUUACCUUUUGUUCUCGGUAUAUUGAGGAUAUUGAGGCAAGAUUCAAUAGACCUAGGCAUGUUCGUGAUGACCCAAAUGUCACUGAGCCUUCUGGAAGGUCAUCUAUCUUCCCUCAAUUAGGUAAACCUGCAUCAGCUUCGGUUACAUUCCUUUUAACUCAUAUACAGAAACUACAAUCUCAUCGAUAUGUGCUUCUGAACUGUGCAAUUGUCACGCCAUUUGUGGAUGAAUUUAGACUGUACAUAAGGAGGAGUUCAAGAAGAAGACCAUCGCCUACUGAGAUAGAGAGGAGAGUUAAUAAAGAGUUUGUUGAUUGGUUCCAAAAGCGGAUUUUGAAUCCAGACACAAUAGAUACAAUGUCUAUUGAUCUAAAGUUUCUUGCACGAGGUCCAUCGGCACAUGCAAGAAGUUUUACUGCAUAUAACAUCAAUGGGUCCAAAUUUCGAACUUUGGCUCGAGAAGAAGGUCUACAAACACAGAAUAGUGGAGUUUUCUUAACCUCUAAAAUAUCAUGUAUUGCAAGUAGUGUAGAUGGAAAUUUAAGGCAAGCAGAGUUACCAUAUUAUGGGAAGUUAGAAGAUAUUAUUGAGAUUAAUUAUAAUCGUCGGUUCAAGGUGGUUCUUUUCAAAUGUGAACGUGAAGAACAUGAACCUUAUAUCGAAGCAUCUCAAGCACAACUAGUGUACUAUACGGAUGAUGUUGUCAAUAAAGGGUGGAGUAUUGCUGUGCAUCUAAAGCCAAGAGAUCUGUAUGAUAUGGGAGAAGAAGUAGUGGAAGAUGAAGUAUAUGAGAAUGAACCAUACCAAGAGCAAGAACUCGAACAGUUCUUUAGUGAUGGUGAUAAGUAUGUACAACUAGCUAAGGACCAUAUAAUAGAUGAUGUAGUAGAGGAAAAUGUUGCUACUAACUUAGCAUCAGAUACAUGCAUGUUUGAAUAG